UCUCUAUCUUCCAUGAUUUACUUUCCUACACUUUGUGGCCAUUCAGUCUUCAUUUUUCACAGUGGUUUCCUCUGCAACUAGCUUUCAUUUUCUCUUCCAGUUUUCACAGUUUACAGUGGUUUUCCCUGGACCUUAAUUUUCGAUCUUGGUGGUUUCCAAUGGACUUGAGCACCUCCCCAUCUCUUGGUUGGGCUGAAUCACCUCCCCGUUGGACAUUCGACGUCUUCUUGAGUUUCAGGGCUGAAGACACCCGCAGGGGUUUCAUCUCCCAUUUAUACCGCGAACUGGAGCUCUGGCAAGUAUUCAAGACUUUCAAGGACGACCGACCGCUUGAAAUUGGAGCUAGUAUCUCUCCAAAGCUUGUCAGCGCAAUCGAACAAUCACAUCUCGCCAUAGUUGUUCUCUCACCCAACUAUGCUUCUUCCACUUGGUGCUUGGAUGAGCUUGCGAAAAUUAUCGAGUCCAUGGAAACGGGAGAUGAGAGAAUUCUGCCGGUUUUCUUUGAUGUGGAUCCAUCGGACGUUCGACAUCAAAGGAGCAGCUUUGCUGAAGCCUUUGCUAAGCAUGAAGUAAAGUUCAGUAACGACAUAGAGAAGGUGAAGAGGUGGAGAGCAGCAUUAAGAGAAGUGGCAGGUCUCACCGGAUGGGAUCCAAAGGAAUAUAAAUCUGAAAGUGAGCUUAUUGAAGUCAUUGUCAAACGUGUGUGGGAGAAAGUGCUUCCUACGAUCGCAUUGUCAUAUCCCAUAGACAAGUUAGUUGGAAUUGAUUUUAGACUCAGGAAAAUGCGUUUGCUUUUAGCUGCUGAGGAAAAAGAUGUUCGAUUUAUAGGAAUAUGGGGUAUGGGUGGAGUGGGUAAGACCACCCUUGCUAGGCUAGUGUUCGAGAAAAUUUUCCAUCAUUUUGAUGUGGCUGAGUUUCUUGUUGAUCAUGGUCCACUAGUCAAUCUUCAUAAACAGGUUCUUUCCCAAAUCUUGAAGGAAAAUAUUUCACAUGUUUGGGAUGAAUACAAAGGAACCUGUUUCAUUAGAAAAUGCCUGUCUAAUAAAAAGGUUCUUCUUGUUUUUGAUGAUGUUGAUAGUUGUGACCGCCAAGAAAAAUUGGCCGGACAUAAAUCUUGGUUUGGUGAGGGAAGUAGAAUCAUAGUUACAACUAGAGAUAAACGUCUCCUCACCGAGUGUGGUAUAGAAUUAUCAUUUGAGCUAGUGCGGUUAAAUGACAAUAAUGCUCUUGAGCUCUUUAGUCACAAAGCCUUCAAAAAAGAUCAGCCAGUGGAAGAGUUUUUAGAGCUUUCCAAGUGUUUUGUAGAUUAUGCCAAAGGGCUUCCAUUGGCUCUUAAAACUCUAGGAAGUUCUUUGUAUCAGAGAAAUCUAGAGGAAUGGAAUAGUAUAUUGGAGUCACUAAAGAGAAUUCCUAAUCCGACAAUUUUUUACUCUCUCAAAUUAAGUUAUGAUUCCCUGAAUGAUUUGCAACAGAAGAAUUUCUUGGACAUUGCAUUCUUCUACAAGGGGGUGGAGAAGGAUCGAGUUAUUCAACUGCUAGAAUAUUGUUAUGGCUUUAAUAUUCUUAUUGUGAGAAAUGUUCUUAUCGAGAAAUCUCUCUUAACUAUUGAUCUGUACAACAAUGUUGGGAUGCAUGGUUUGAUACAAGAAAUGGCAUGGGAAAUUGUUCGUCAAGACUGUCGUGAGGAGCCUGGUCUUCGCAGCCGGAACAGAAGUAAUCAAAGGCAUACGGUUAUGUUUACCUCAUUUAGAAGAGGCAGAUUCAAGCUGGAAUUGUGA